AUGGCUCGUAUAAUCCAUUUCCUCUGCGUAGUGUUUUUCACCUUCGCAAACACAUCACACUCGGUACACGAGAAGCCUCAAGCUUUUUUACAACCUAUUCAUAAAGACAAGGCCACAAAUCUCUACUACUCUCCUUUAUCGAUCGGUGUCAACAUGCUCAACGGGACAUACUAUCAAUCCUACAACAUCAAUCUUGCCAUUGACCUCGGCGGCUCUACACCGUUGUUGCUAACCUGUGCUGCGGCAGCUAAAUCCGUUCUUACCACCCAAUCAAAUGUGGCUCCUCUAGAUGCAAACAAGCCAAACCGGAUUCUUUCUCCUGUCCCACCAAUACCUCAAAGAAAGCCACAUGUCAAAAAUCGUUUUCCACUUCUUUCACUGAGCAUCCCAUCAAGACUCAUGACUAUAGCUUGCACCGAUGUUAAUGUUGACCCCUUGUUCAAAUCCUUCCCAUCGAUUGUUGUUGGGACAUUGGGUCUCGCUAAGACCUUUAUGGCCCUUCCUUUGCAGGCCGUUUCUUUUUACAAACUACCCUCAAAGGUGGCUCUUUGUUUGCCUUCACCAAACUCCGGAGACCCUUUUGGAUCUGGAGCUCUUUUCAUUGGUGGUGGUCCUUAUUUCAUGGCGCUUUAUCCUGAAGAUGUCUCUAAGAUCUUUGUCUCCACGCCUCUGCUCCCUAGUGACCCAUCUCGUGGUGAGUACUUCAUCGGUGUGAAGUCCAUCCAAAUUAGUGAAAAGACUAUUCCUUUCGUCAAGAAAAGCACCAAGAUCUGCACCUUGGCUCCUUACACGAUCUUGCACAGCUCCAUUUACAAGGCUCUGGUCUUAGCCUUUGCUGGAAAAGCCAAGAUGGCUAAAGCUCCAGCAGUGAAGCCUUUUGGAUCGUGUUUCAGCUCCAAAGGACUUGGAAAGUGGAUGAUGGGAAGUCGUGUUCCGGUGAUCGAUUUAGUGCUGAAUGGUGGGGCUAAGUGGAGAAUUUAUGGGUCGAAUUCGCUUGUAAAAGUGAGCAAAAAUGUGGUUUGUUUAGGUUUUGUGGACGGAGGUAUGGAUAUGAAGAUGGCGAUGGUGAUUGGAGGUUUUCAGAUGGAAGAUAAUUUAGUCGAGUUUGAUCUCGAAGCUUCAAAAUUCUCUUUCUCGACCUCUCUUUUGCUUAUUAACUCUUCUUGCUCACAGUCAAGGUAUUUCUGA